CGGGCUAUGAGAGUAGUUUUUAGUGAUCGAGAUUCUGUAAUGGUAGUGCAAAAAUUAAAUUGUUGUUUUUAAUUUAUUUACACAAACUAUAUACUUUUUAUUUACAAGAUGGGAACGCAGAAGCCCGGAGAAUGGGCCAAUUCGUUGAUAGCUCGCUUCGAAGAGCAGCUACCAUACAAAACUGGUGCACAAAACCUGCACUCCCGGAUAAACGAGGAGCAAUGCAAGGCAUGCCUCGUUCAGAUCAGCAGACACAGAUUCUCAUUAGUCAUCGCCGGCCUCACCAAGAUACUGCAGAGAGUUAAUGAAUUGUAUCAACCAACAAUAUCAAUAGGUGCGAAUCGUCCGCAAACAGAAUUAGAAAAAGGCUACCACGACAGUCUAGUCAUAGUGCUGGAUACACUAGAAAUAUGUCUCAGCUCUCAGCCUAAAGAUACAGCCAAGUAUGACGAAGCUAUGAAUGUGAAGAUACUGCUUAGGGAAGUCUGCCAGUUUAUUGUAUCAAUCUACUACUACACAGACAUGCGCAAUGAGAGCACAGUUAACAAUACUCUUUUGCGGCAGCUGGCUAGCAAAGUACUGUUUGCGCUCAGUCUUAACUUCUUCAAUGCAGUGUUUAAUAGGAUCAGCGCGAGAUUACAGGAAUUAUCAUCUAGCUCAGAAGAAAACCCCGAUUAUACAGAUAUAGAAUUAAUUCAGCAUAUUAACGUCGAUAUAUUGCGGCUUAUACGGCUAUUAACAGAAUCAAUACAAAAGUUUAAGUUAUUAAGGAAAUCGGCGCACAUAGUUUUAGUUACUUCAUUAGAGAAAGCUAUAUGGAAUUGGAUGGAUACAUACCCCCAGGAAUUCGCAGAAGUACAAUGUCGGCCUAACGAUGAACUAAGUAAAUGCUGCGAUACUCUAUUCGAUAUAUUGCAAGACAGUUUCUCAGAUAACAAGAAAUCCAGGGUCGCUAUGUGGCCUCUACAGAUCAUGUUGCUGGUUUUAAACCCUAAAGUACUGGAAGAGAUAGUGAACGCAGACAGCGGGGCGCCGUGCAGUCCGCGACACACGAAGAAGAAGCACUUCAUAGAUUCCGUCAAACGUGGACUCAGUCCUCAAAAUAAUUCCAAACAGAUGACAGAAGCGGCCGUGGUGACAUGCGUGAAACUUUGUAAGGCGUCCACUUAUCUCAACAUAGCCGAUUCCGGAAAUGUCACAUUCAUCCUUGUCAAAUCGGUCAUCAAUGAUUUGAAGUCCCUCCUCUUCAACCCCUCAAAAUCCUACAUCCGAGGCAACCUAAUCUCCGGGUACUCAGAACUGGACCUGAUGACGGACUGCUUCGUAUCACUGUUCCGCAUCAUGCCUCACAACAACGACGCCCUCAAAGUGUGCCUCAACCUCAACACGCACAUCUCGUACCACUACGUCAUCGUCAACUCGCUGCUCAGGAUAAUAAAGCAGCCCCGUUUGCCGUGGUGGCCACAAAUAGAGCUCUUAUAUCCGAGAGCAGCCGAACUACGCGCUAUGUUCACUGACACCUCGAAUAAAGCCACACAGGGCUACGUAGUCCACACUCCACUCCGAAUGAUCUCACUCUCCCUCAAAUCCAAAGAAGUUCAGUCCAAGUUUAACAAGAGUGAAGAAAUGCCAGCUUACAGGAAUCUCCUGUUGUGUAUGGUGAAGCUUAUACAUGCUGAUCCUAUGCUUAUGUUGAGUAACCCAGGCCGUUCAAGCAUAGAGAUUCAAUCUUCGACCACAGAGCUCAUGAACGGCCUAGUAUCGCUAGUGCAUCAGACGGGCAUGGGGGAGAUAUCGCAGGCCGCCAUGGACGCGCUGCUGGCGCUGCACCGCCCUGACAGAGUGCACAUGUGGAACCCGGAGGCGCCGCUCAACACCUUCUGGGACAUCAGUUCCCAAGUCCUAUACAACAUAAGUCAGAAGCUAAUUCAACGCCAGAUAUGCAACUACCGCGAGGUCCUGAGAUGGUUGCGUGACAUACUGACCUGCCGUAACGAGUUUCUAGCAAAGCAUAAGGAGUACGCCAAUGUGGGCUCUCAGAUACCGAUAUGUAAACAGGCUCAUAUUAAGCUGGAGGUAGUAUUCUUCAUGUGCCUCUGGAGCAUAGACACGGACGUGGUGCUGGUGGCGAUGUCGUGCUUCGCCCUGCUGUGCCAGGAGGCCGACAUCAGGUGCGGCUCCGACGAGAUCACCACGCAGUGUCUGCUGCCCAACUACGCGGUCUUCCAGGAGAUAGCGCACACCUCCACUGUCUUGACCACUGCAGCCAGUCAGGACAUGGGAAGGGGGUGUUAUUACAAAAAUAUACACAGUUCUGCAGCUCUCCAGAAGCGAAUAAUGGCGUUGUUGAGGAAGAUAGAACACUGUGUCAAUGGCGUACAACCCGUUUGGGAAGAAACAUUCAGAUGCUGGGACUCCCUAUGCAAGCUACUGCAGAAGUACCCCAAAGGUCAGGGCGACAAGAUGGAUGAGUGUCAGAUGGAAGCUCUCCACCGCGCCGUCGCUAAGCGUCGCGUGUCACAUCAUACUAGCAGUGAACAUGAUUUUGAGAUGCAAAUACAAGAAUGGGCGAAUAUAACGUCGUUCCUCUGCGCUCUGGGCGGCGUCUGUCUACAGAGAAGACCGUCUACUGCCUGGUCUCAUUUACAUGGACAUGCUGAUUCGAGGAAGUACAACGUUUUAGCGAACAGCUCCCAAGAAGUGCAGUACUGUCCUGUUACUCAAUUCAUAGGGCAGCUUCUCCGGCUGCUGCUGUGCAGUAACGAGAGAUUCGGCCAGCAGAUACAGACUCACGUCAAAGAGCUAGUGGGACAUGAGAUGUCGCCCGCACUCUAUCCGAUACUGUUCGAUCAGAUUAAGGCGAUUAUCGAUAAGUUUUUCGAUCAGCAGCAACAGGUAAUGCUAACAGACAUAAACACACAAUUCGUGGAGCACACGAUAUUUAUUAUGAAGAGUAUUCUGGAUAUCAAGAAGAGCGGGCAGCCCAAUGAACAUCUGAGUACAACGUCUAUUGAGACACUGAUGUUGUCUAUUGUGAGAUACGUACGACAUCUAGACAUGACGGUGCUCUCCGUACAUAUAAAGACGAAGCUCUGUCAAGUUGUUGAAGCUAUGAUGCGGAGGAGAGAUGACUUAGCUUUCAGACAGGAGAUGAAAUUCCGCAACAAGAUGGUGGAGUACGUGACGGACUGGGUGCUCGGCACCAGUCAUCAGAUCGCGCCGCCGCUACGCGCUGACGCCUCUUCUAUUACCAGAUACCUAGUAUGCUGUCGUGAGUUAGACCAGGCAUGCAUGGAAGCUGUCGCCUCACUUCUGAAAGGUCUGCCUCUGCAGCCUGAAGAGUCUGACAGAGGAGACCUCAUGGAGGCCAAGAGUCAGCUGUUCCUCAAAUAUUUCACACUAUUUAUGAACCUGCUAAACGAUUGCAACGAGGUGGAGAUGGCGGAAGGUCCCGGCAGGCUGGAGACUCUCAGAAACGCCACCAUACAGGCCAUGUCUAAUCUGCUCAGCGCGAAUAUUGAUUCAGGACUUAUGCAUAGUAUUGAUCUAGGCUACCACAGAGACCUGCAGACCCGAGCGGCCUUCAUGGAGGUGCUGACGAAGAUACUGCAGCAGGGCACGGAGUUCGACACCCUGGCGGAGACGGUGCUGGCUGAUCGGUUCGAACAGCUGGUGCAGCUCGUCACCAUGAUCUCUGAUAAGGGAGAAUUACCAAUAGCGAUGGCCCUAGCCAACGUAGUGAGCACAUCACAGAUGGACGAGCUCGCCCGAGUGUUCGUCACACUGUUCGACGCCAAGCAUCUGCUAGCGCCGCUGCUGUGGAACAUAUUCUAUAGGGAAGUAGAGGUAUCAGACUGCAUGCAGACACUCUUCCGUGGCAACUCCUUAGGCAGCAAGAUUAUGGCGUUCUGCUUCAAGAUAUACGGCUACGGCUACCUUCAGAACUUGCUGGAGCCGCUCAUCACGGCGCUGCUGGACCAGGCUGAUGAGCGAGGAGAUAUCAGCUUUGAAGUGGAUCCGGCGAGAUUGGAUCCCAACCAGGACAUAGAGAUGAACAGGUCCAACCUGAUAGACCUGACGAAGGAGGUGUUCGACAGGAUCGUCGGCUCCGCGGACAAGUUCCCACCACAACUGCGAAGCAUGUGCCACUGUCUGUAUCAGGUACUGAGCAAGAGAUUCGCGCAGUUCCCGCAAACUAGUGUCGGUGCUGUUGGCACUGUACUGUUUCUGAGAUUCAUCAAUCCUGCUAUUGUGUCUCCCCAAGAGAUGGGCAUAGUGAACCGGCCCGUGCCGGCGCACGUGAAGCGAGGCCUGAUGCUCAUGUCCAAGAUCCUGCAGAACAUCGCCAACCACGUGGAGUUCUCCAAGGAACAGCAUAUGCUGCCCUUCAACCACUUCUUGAGGGCGCAUUUUGAGGCUGGACGCAAGUUCUUCAUCCAAAUAGCAUCAGACUGUGAAUCAAUAGACCAAACCUCCCACAACUUGUCGUUCAUAAGCGACGCUAACGUGGUAGCCUUGCACCGGCUGCUGUGGAACCACCAGGAGAGGAUAGGAGACUACCUGUCCUGCAGCAGGGACCACAAGGCCGUGGGGAGACGACCUUUUGAUAAGAUGGCAACGCUACUCGCCUACCUAGGACCCCCAGAACAUAAGCCGAUUGAGUCCACUUCAAGUCUGCUAUUCUCCUCGUACGCUCGCUGGUCCUCCAUAGACAUUUCCUCUACUAACUUCGAGGAGUUUAUAGUGAAACACAAUAUGCAUAAGAAAGAGGAAUUCAAGAGUAUCAAGAGUUUGAAUAUAUUCUAUCAAGCUGGAACUAGUAAAUUGGGGAAUCCGGUGUUUUACUUCAUUUCUAGGAGAUAUAAGAUAGGCGAAGUGAACGCAGACCUGCUAAUCUACCACGUGAUCCUAACCCUGAAGCCGUUCUGCCAGCAACCCUUCGAGCUGAUCGUGGACUUUACGCACACCAACUCUGACAACAGGUUCAGAACGGAUUUCCUGCAGAAAUGGUUCACAGUGUUACCCGAAGUGGCCUAUAUAAACAUUCACGCUUGCUAUAUAUAUAAUUGUAACAGUUGGGUGCGCGAGUAUACUAAGUUCCAUGAAGCUAUAUUGGCGCCGUUGAGGGGGAACCGCAAACUAAUAUUCAUAGACAAUCACAGCCGUCUCAGUGAAUACGUAGAGGUCGAACAACAGAAGUUACCGGGUGCCACUCUAGCCUUGGAAGAAGACCUUAAAGUUUUCAAUAACGCGCUUAAACUGUCGCAUAAGGAUACCAAAGUUGCUAUUAAGGUUGGACCAACGGCUCUUCAAAUAACAUCAGUUGAAAAGACCAAAGUGCUCGGUCUACCUGUUCUACUAAAUGAUGUGUAUUAUGCUUCUGAAAUUGAUGAGGUGUGCCUAGUAGACGACAACCAAUUCUCUCUAUCUAUAAUCAACGAGUCGACGCCACUGAGCUUUAUACACAACGACUGUGACAACAUCGUGCAGUCCAUCAUACAUAUCCGUAAUAGAUGGGAACUUAGCCAGCCGGACUCGGUAACAGUCCACCAAAAGAUACGUCCGAAAGACGUACCAGGCACGCUACUGAACAUGGCACUCCUAAACUUGGGUUCCUGUGACCCUAACCUGAGGACGGCUGCGUACAACCAGCUGUGUGCCCUCACCGCCACCUUCCAUCUGAAGAUCGAGGGGCAGUUGCUGGAGACAUCAGGUCUAUGCAUACCCUCAAACAACACGAUUUUCAUCAAGUCCGUGAGCGAAAAGCUUGCUCAUAACGAACCUCAUUUGACGCUGGAGUUCCUUGAAGAGUGCAUUCAGGGUUUCCGUGGGUCUACAAUUGAGCUGAAACAUUUGUGCCUCGAGUACAUGACACCGUGGCUAGCCAACUUAGUUCGAUUCUGCAAACCCUCCGAAGAAUCACGUCGCCAGAAGCAAGUAGCCCAGAUCCUGGAGAAACUCAUAACCCUGACGAUUGAGGAGACGGAGAUGUACCCAUCAGUGCAGGCCAAGAUAUGGGGCUCCAUAGGACACGUGCCCGAACUCAUCGAUAUGGUGCUCGACAGCUUUAUACAGAGGAGCGUUAAUUCCGGUCUCGGUUCUCCAAUGAUAGAGAUCAUGGCGGACACCGCAGUCGCUUUGGCUUCAGCCAACGUGCAACUGGUUUCCAAGAAGGUCAUCGGAAGAAUGUGCAGGGCCCUAUCCAAACUGCCCAAUAAUAUCCUGGGGCCCGUCACCCCGGCCACUGUGGUAGACAAGACUUGUCACUCGCCGACCGCCAUGUUGGAACAGCAUAUGAUGUGGGAUGACAUCGCUAUACUUGCUAGAUAUUUGCUAAUGUUGUCGUUCAACAACUGCCUGGACGUGGCGCGGCACUUGCCGUACCUGUUCCAUACCGUGACGUUCCUCGUGUGCUCGGGCACCGUGUCCAUGCGGGCCGCCACCCACGGCCUCGUCAUUAACAUCAUACAUUCCCUUUGUACUUGCACUACGCCGAGUUUUUCUGAGGACACCCAACGCGUACUCCGUCUAUCUCUGGACGAGUUCGCUUUACCCAAGUUCUACCAAAUGUUCGGCAUUUCCAAGGUCAAGUCGGCAGCUGUGACCGCCUUCAGGAGCCCUUACAACAGACAUACUAAUGAUUGGUAUUCAGAACACUCAUACACCACCUGCACAGAAGCAGGCACAGUCGCGUGCACAGGCACUACUCACACGGACCGGGAGCGUUUGCCCCUGCAAUCCUUGGAGAUCAUCACGGAUGCUCUACUGGAGAUCAUGGAAGCUUGCAUGCGGGAUAUACCGGACUGUGAUUGGUUGCAUACUUGGACAUCUUUAGCCAAAAGCUUCGCGUUCUGUUUCAAUCCGGCGCUACAGCCGCGUGCACUCAUCGUAUUUGGAUGUAUCAGUAAGAACGUGACAGACGAUGAUAUGAAGCAACUUCUCCGUAUCCUGGUGAAGGCUCUUGAGUCGUUCAACGAUCUCGCACUGCUCGAAGCUCUCAUCAUGGCGCUCACCAGGCUGCAGCCGCUGCUCUACCCGGCAUCACCAAUCCACAAGGCUCUAUUCUGGGUAGCACUAUCCGUGUUACAACUAGACGAGCCAACGUUGUACGCGGCGGGUUUGGCUUUCAUGGAGCAAAACCUUCAUACUUUGGAAUCACAGGGACACUUCCAGCAGAAGACCUUGGAACAAGUCAUGAUGGAGACCAGGGAACCGUUAGAGUGGCACUUCAAGCAAAUGGACCAUGCUGUCGGUUUGAGUUUCCGUUCGAACUUCCACUUCGCUCUGGUGGGUCACCUGGUGAAGGGCUACCGUCACCCCAUGGCCGCCACUGUCUCCCGCACCUGCCGCGUGCUCGUCAAACUGCUGUCUUUAGCCGCACUGGGUGACAAGUUCCAUGUUACUGCUGAUACUGUCGCUUAUCUUACUGCAUUAGUGUGCGUGAGUGAAGAAGUUCGUUCUCGCUGUCACGUGAAGCACUCGUUGCCGAAAUGGUUGCCCGACAACUGUGAUCAUUACUGUCCCACUGCUGAACAUCAUCAGUCAUCAAUCCUGAUACAGCCGUCGACAUCACACAGCUCCUGUCACAGUCGGCGACAGAAGUCGUGGGACGUACUCGAUCAAGCUGCCAUAUCGUCUGCCCAUGGUGGUAAAUCGCCAACCUUACAAUCGGGCAGCGGAGGGCACAGCCCGCACUUGGCCACAAUACCACAUCAGGACAGUGAAGGCCGGGCUCACAGUAUGCAGCACGGACCGACUGGCGAGUCGGCGCGGGAGCAGGGCGAUGCCGAUAGUGGGUUUGAUAUGGUAGAGGACGACGGCCGAGGGUCACCAGGAAGCACGGACGACACGGAACGACCUUCCUCUACCAAGUCGGGAGACAGUGACUAUCCUGAGACUUCUACGAAGCAAGCAUCAACGGACAAAGACACAAGCAGUCCAGAAAGCAACAGUCUACUCGACCCGUCGGUACUGUCGGACUUCACCACACAAGCGCUAGUGCUCACCGUGCUCGCUACGCUCGUCAAAUAUACCACAGAUGAGGACGAGAUAAGGAUUCUGUACCAAUACUUGGCCGAGGGAUCUGUUGUGUUCCCCAAAGUAUUCCCAGUUAUUCACAGUCUACUGGACAUGAAGAUCAACCACGUUCUAAUGCAUUGCCAUGAUCAGCUGAUUCUAAGCGCUGUGCAAAGCAUCAUACAGAACAUGAUAGCGAGCGAAGACGCGAGUCAGCAGCAGUUGCACUAUAUGCAGAGUUGUGGCUUCGGAGGCCUGUGGAGAUUCGCAGGACCAUUCACAAAGAACCAAUGCACGGCCGAAAGCAGCGAGCUAUUCGUGAACUGUCUCGAAGCUAUGGUGGAAACCUGUCUGCCGGGCGGCGACGAAGCCCUGACUCGGGCUCCGCCCCCCGAUCCGGACCACCCGGACCCUUGCGAUGGGCACCGGUAUCCUGGAGUACACCGGCAGGCCACAUUAUACUGUCCCACGCAGGACACAUAGCCAGAGGAAGAAUAGUAAAUAUGGACCGCACUCCUAUUUACUGAAAACUGAAGGAAAAUGAAGUAGAAGAAAUAAGAAACCCCAUAGACAAGGGAAUUCGUGUACAAACCACAGACAACCCCUCUUCCAUUCCAGAGGUUUUUAUUGCGUAUAUCCAUAUUUUAAGCGUGCAUAGACAAGUAGAAACGAAGCAUUGAUUAUUAUAAUAUAUCAAUUAAGAGUAAUAUUACAAGAGGAAAAAAAAUAUUUAUGUUCGUUGGUUUGUAAUGGAUAAACUCAAAAACAUAUGGACCGAUUUAAAAAAUAUUUAUGUGUUAGAUAAACCCACUAAUCGAUGAAGACUAUGAGCUACUUAUCCGAUUGCGCGAAGUAGUUCAGAAUACAUCUGUGAACUCGUCUGUUAAUAUUACUAAUUGACUAUUGUAAUCGCCCGUAAAGUUUGGCAAAAUUGCCCAGCUGUGGUCAUAAAAUAACUAUGUAGCAUGUGUAAACCCGACUUUACACUUGUAAGUUGCUUCCGUAAAAUUA